AUGGGUAUCUGCCAAUCAAUUGAUUUUUUAAAGCAACUCUUGGAAAGAGAUGCAACGAUGCAUGGGGAUCCCAAGCGCAAUGCCUUCUUCAAAGACCUUAUGGUUGAGCUGUGUGAGGAUUUCAUCGACUGGCUUGGAGAAAGCAAGUACCAAUCCGGCCUGGUGGGUAUCCCUCCGUCGCGAUUCUCAGAAACCAACAGCAACGGACUGUGGGAGUAUUCUCCCUUUCUGUGCGGUGCAGGUCUUUCCGAAGCACUUGAGCUGUCUUAUGGCGCUGCUAUGCUUAUUUGGGACAAUGUUCCCGAGCCGAUUUGUAUCAUUCAUCUCCACAACAUGUUAGCCCAGAAGGGUCUUCUCAAGCGUGGUGUAGGGCUAUGGAAUGCCCUCGGGGUGGAUCUAUUCCAAGAUGCUAUCUUCAAUGGGAAGCCCCCCACUUCGAAUUUCCUCAAAGCAUUUGAGGAUCGAGUUGGUGCUGCCAAUUCGCAACGCGAGAUCUUUCGAAACCGGGCUCAAAGGGCUCAAAUGGCGCGAAACGCGACAAAAUUGAGCGACCUUCUUGACCCUAGCGUCAAUCGCUUCUUCAAGCUCAAAUCCAUGCUGGAAGUCUACAAAGCCGUGAACUGGAAUCCCGAUAGAAUUUCCGACGAAGAAAUUCCUACGCCAUCCAUGCUCAGCUUUUUACGAAUAACUGAGACAAAGCAAAUCAAAGACCGGGUCACCGGUGAGGUUAAGUUAGAAGAAACUGAUCUGGUGAAACGUUACAAAGCCUGGGAAUGA